UCGAACUCUUCCAGCUGAGUUCCAUCUGCAGCGGCACUUUUCCGCUCGGCGCUUUAAUAGGAGCGGUCAGCGAAUGAGGAGACAGAGGAGCUCCGCUCAUCUCCACCUUUAAACCUGACCUGGGUCCCUCUUUACCUCUCUCAGUUCAGUUUAACUCAAAACGAGCUUGAUGUGAGGAACAAAAGAAAAUUUUAAAAAAUCACUUCUUUUUUCCCUUCUCUCACCCUCACAGUGCACCUCUCCACUACAUCACCUUUAGUUUUUUUGCUUUUUUUUGCUUUUUCUUUUUUAUUUUUAAUGGUACCUCCUUGGAUACUUGGCUUAAAGCACGGCUUCACCUGGGCACAUCUUUUCUGAAGUCUCACCAAAAAAAACGGCACCAAGAUUUCUUCUGCAACUUUAACGCACAUCAGGGAAACAAAAUCCACCGACAGGGAAAAGCAAAACAGAAAAGUUGUUUUUUUUUCUUCUUUUUUCGCUCGCACAAAGAAGCGUUAAAGUUACACAAUGAGUCUCAAAUCAGAUUCUGAGCCGAACAACAGUGUAUCAUUAGAGGAGGAGGUACGAACACUUUUUGUCAGUGGCCUGCCUGUAGACAUCAAGCCACGGGAGCUGUACCUGCUGUUCAGGCCAUUCAAGGGAUAUGAAGGCUCACUCAUAAAACUAACCUCAAAGCAGCCUGUUGGCUUUGUUACCUUUGACAGCAGGUCUGGCGCUGAAGCCGCGAAAAAUGCAUUAAACGGAAUCCGUUUUGACCCGGAGAACCCUCAGACACUGCGUCUGGAGUUUGCUAAGGCCAACACCAAGAUGGCAAAGAGUAAGCUGAUGGCCACACCAAACCCCUCAAGCCUGCACCCAGCUCUUGGGGCUCACUUCAUUGCACGGGACCCAUAUGACCUGACUGGUGCAGCACUGAUUCCAGCAUCCCCAGAGGCAUGGGCUCCGUACCCUCUCUACACCACUGAGCUGACCCCUGGCCUGCCCCACGCAGCCUUCACCUACCCCGCAGCCGCUGCAGCCGCCGCCGCCCUGCACGCCCAGGUGAGGGACCAACCGAUGCGCUGGUACCCCUCACCAUCUGACACCUCACAGCCCGGGUGGAAAUCCCGCCAGUUCUGUUAAGUAUUUAAUGCCAGUCAGUACCUGAAGGUUUUUCUUUCUUUUCCCUCCUUCUCUCUCCAUGUGGAGCAAAGGCAUACUGGGCUCAACAUUUAAUUUAAUCAGGUUUAUUUAACAGAUGCAAGGAGCAUUAAAAGGACUUUACUUUUCUGGAGAAAACUCUUCUCUGAAGGACUCUGAACAGGACAAGACAGGAUGGUUAUCUACAGCUGGGGCCUCACGGCCUAAUGGUACACACUCUGCGUUUUCAAAGCCAAACAUGUGACGAGCCGAUCAUGUGCAAGUUUAAACACUCUAGCUGCGCUCUUUUUUUCGUUGCGUGUGUUCGGAGGGAGGGGAUAAUCAUUAUGCAUGUUGAAGUAUAGUAUAUGGCAUGAAACUUAGAAUGCAAAGUUCUGUGUCUGUUUUGGUUUCUCUUUAUUCCUUGUGUUGCCAUUGUGAAAAUACUUGGUCAACUCCCUUUAGCUUUUUCGAUAUC